AGGAAACCAUGGCGCUGGUGCUUCUGCUUCUUCUGCUUCUGCUUCUGCUGCUUCUGAUCUCGCACCCGCACUCCUCGAUCCGGAAGAUAUCGCUGCCUCUGGUGAUCUGAACGUCUGGCUGUUGCUGCUGCUGUUGCUGUGGUGGCCGUCCUCGUUGCCCAUGCCAUGUCACGGCAUCUCGUGGGCAAAUCUCACUUUUCACAUGCACAAGGCUGCCUGCAGGUCCUAUGACGAUGAUGAUUGACGAUAUAUAGACACCCAGGCAGGCGUCGCCCGCUCCGCUCCACCCGAUCUGCGCAAAAAUGUCCCUGGUGCCCGCAAACGCAACGGCUGCGGCCAACCACACCAUCAAGUUCCUGUCGACCUCUGUUGGCCGAGAUCGACUGAACCGGUUUAUCCAGUACCUCGCAAACUUCCUGGCGUGGUAUUUGGCCAACGGCAAAGGCGAGAACGACUUGGUCAGCCGCCUCGCCAAGCUCUCCCUUGCCGUUGGCCAGACCCGCAAACUGAUGCGUGUUGGACGACAGCUCGAGUUUGUGAUGACCAUCGCCAAGAGCAAAGGAAUCAAGGACGACCUGCUGCGCUACGUUGCGAUUCUGAAGAACCUGUCGCUAUUCGGCUGGCUGUCGCACGAUAUGUUCCAGUGGGCCCACUCGGUCGGCAUCGUCAAGCUCUCCAACAUCAAGCAAAUCACCGAGCGGGGCAUGAAGUGCUGGCUCACGGCCCUGUGCGUCUCGUUUAUCGGGGGCCUUUAUCGGCUCCAGAUCAACUCCAUCCGACUCACCCAGGAGCACAAGGCCGAGAAGAUGGGCAAGGAAGGUGGCGAGAAGAACGUCAAGCUUCUCCAGAGCGAACGCAACCGCAUCCUGUUGGCGCUGCUCCAAGACGGCCUCGAUAUGCUCCUCCCAGGAAGUGCGCUGCAAUACACCACGCUGAACCGAGGCGUCGUUUCCGCCGCCGGCAUCACCACCUCGCUCAUUGGAGGCUACCUCCAAUGGGUCAGUAUUUGAGCACGCUUAUCCACCGGCCGACACCCACGAGCGUCGACGGAGCCGCCCCACGUAUUGCCCUCGGCCGCAAUAUUAAAGCGUGUGGGUUGCGUGAGAUGAAUGCCGUCGAUCAGCACCCACGCACAUCAAUAAACUGUAAUAAGAAACGGG